AUGGCGUCCUGGGCGUUUCCCUUUAUAUUUGUUACUAAGACUCUCUUUCUUCUUACAGUGGAUGUCCUACUUUACUCUCCAAACCGACCAGUUGUCGAUUUCUCAGCAACCCUUUUGUGGUUAAUGGCUGUUUUUACCAUUGUCAUUGCUUCGAUCUGGCCCGAAUAUAUUGCAUGUGAGCAGGUUGACGAGCGUUAUAAUCAAUUGACACCGAAGGAUCAGCCUAACACUGGAAUGAACGACAGGGAAGACCCUGAGAAGGAAGUCUUAGAAAUUAAUGCAAAAGGAGCUAUAAUUUUUGUUGUAGCAGCAUCAGCUUUUCUUUUACUUCUUUUCUAUUUUAUGUCAUCUUGGUUUGUGUGGCUGCUGAUUGUGUUGUUCUGCAUUGGUGGUACUGAGGGAAUGCAUGUUUGCUUGGUGACACUUAUUUCAAGAUUAUCCAAACAUUGUGGGCAGAAGACUUUAUAUCUUCCAAUUUUUGGUGAAGUCUUGGUUAUAUCUGUUGUGGUUUUGCCAUUCUGUGCAGCCUUUGCAAUUCUAUGGGCUGCAAAUCAGCAUGCUUCAUAUGCUUGGAUUUGUCAAGAUAUUCUUGGUAUCUGUUUGAUGAUUACUGUACUGCAGAUGGCUCGAUUGCCAAAUAUCAAGGUUGCAUCGGCUCUUCUUAGCUGUGCAUUUGUAUAUGAUAUAUUCUGGGUGUUUAUAUCACCUCUAAUAUUCCAUGAAAGUGUUAUGAUUGCAGUUGCUCGUGGUGACAACAGUGGGGGAGAAUCAAUUCCAAUGCUUUUGAGAAUGCCUCGUUUCUUUGAUCCUUGGGGUGGCUAUGAUAUGAUUGGCUUUGGGGACAUUCUUUUCCCUGGUUUGCUUGUUGCAUUCAGUUACAGGUAUGAUAGAGCUAACAAGAAGGGCACCUUGAAUGGCUAUUUUCUUUGGUUGACACUUGGAUAUGCAUUUGGUCUCUUUCUCACUUAUCUUGCUUUAUAUCUGAUGGAUGGACACGGACAACCUGCCCUUCUAUACCUGGUUCCAUGUACUUUGGGUCUUAUUGUCAUAUUGGGUUGGGUGAGAGGAGAAUUGAAUGAUUUAUGGAAUUAUGGAAGAAGUCGAUCAAGUAGCGGUCCUGCUUCAGAGUGAUGAGCGGACUAUCCAUGAAAUCUCAUAAGAAAUGCUGACGAGGUUCUUUUAGAUAUUCUCCCACCAUCUUCACAGGUGAUCGAUUGGAAACAUUUGAGCAGUAUAUUACAAAUCAUCAGGGUUGCCUGAGAUAAGGAAGAUGGAUAAGUAACUAAUGAAAUUGCUGGAGACAUGGGAAACAGAAGUCAUGACGCAAGCCGCAAGCCUCCCCAUCAUUGAUAACCAAAAGGGAAGACAUCACUCCUUUUAUCUAUAUGGUAACUAUUCUAUUGCUCUUAUCCAACUGCAGCUAUUGUAUUACAACUUAUUGUAAUAUUACACUACGAUUCUGUAGCGGCUUCCGGAGCCUUGUUGCGUGCAACUUUCUCAUUUGCAAUGGUAAUAUAGCCAGCAACUCUUAGAUUAUUUUCUGCA